AUGAAUAAAAACAUUGUAAUAUAUAUAAAACAUGGUUGUCCAUACUGCACAAGAGCAAAAAAAUUGUUAAACCAAAAGGGUUUUCAGUACAAAGAAAUUGAUGUUAUAAAAAAUCCGGAUUUAUUUAGUCAAAUAAAGUCUGAAUAUAAUGUCAGAACAGUUCCACAAAUUUUCAUUGUUGACGAAGAUGGAAAUUAUAUAUACCACAUUGCUGGAAGUGAUAAGUUAAUUGACCUUGAAAAUACAGGAAAAUUAGAUGCGAUGCUACAUUAUGGUAAUGAUACUGAUAUAAUAGCUGGUGCAGAUAACAGCACAGAGCAUGGAGAAUGUGGCUUACUAAACAACAAUGUUGAUGAUUUAAUAUAGCUGAAGCAGUAGCAGGCAAUGGUGUUAACUUAAAAAAAUGGUCAGCAGUUAUGCGAAAUUUCUAUUACUAAAUUAUCCAAAGAAUUGCAAAAAAUAAUAUUAUUA